AACGUCGCUGGCCUGGAAAGGUGUACUUGAAGAAUCGCGGAGUGAAGUGCGUGGAAACUUCUUCGCGGCAAUUCGAACGAAUUUGCCAAGUAGAAAAGAAUAUUACAUUAACAGUUCCCAUCAAAGAAUUUUACCACUUUUUUCUGAAACAUUGGAAAUUGCUGUGAAGUUAAUGGGGUUACUAUUGAACAGGAAACGGAAGUUCAUCUUCAACGUGAUGCAUCGGAAUAAAAGUGGAUUCAAAUAUAUCCCACCAUACACAAAAAGCUAAGCAAAGAGUGGGGCAGUUUUUAACCCACCUAACCACAAGGAGGUUUGUAGCGUAACAUAGAAAAGGAAAAAUAAUUGAAAAUAUAUUCUUUGUGCUUAUCGCGCUCUUAAAGGAUAUGAAUAAUCUGGAAAAACCUGAAAGUAACCACUAUGAAACAUUAAACAGGAUGUGUUUGAGGUAUUAAAGGACACGAAAAUUCUCACCGUACUCGAGCGACGAACAGAAGGAGUAUCAUUUCGUCCGAUUACACUCGAACGCAGCUCGUCGUCCUAACAAUGAUCCUCAAUGAGAUUAAUUAAUUACGAUUCCUUGGUGGCAGUGGUGCUUGAACGAGCCGGAUCAAACGGUAAGGCGGUGGAAUAUGAAAGAGCAGGAAAAAAGGCAGCAAGAGAGUUAAAUCGAGAAGUGGCAGAUAAGAAGGCUUCGUGUACUCUCGUUGUAAAAGGGGAAUUCAAGAUCGACGGAGUUCGUCAGUCCCCGAGGAGCGCUCGUUGCGCUAGCUAGACGAAAGGAGCACGUAGCUAUCUUCGGUGGAAGAGUAAGAAGAAGUAAAUACAGCUGACGAACAGUAAAGAAGUGCAAGAUAUAAGAUUCAUUCAGACGUAUUCUCAACAAAUUUCAUUUCUUACGAAUAUUUGAAAUAUCGAUAUCAGUUCCGAUCGAUCGAUUGGAAUAGUAAAGAAUUUAUUUUUGGCAAAUUUUACGUACUGAACAACAAAGUAAACAAAUUUUGGAGGUAAUUCUUUGCAAUUAUUUUGUCGUAGUGUUUAAAAAUUGAAUGGUUCUUUGUGUGUGAAAGAAAAGAAGACAAAGAAAAGUGGGGUACAAGUGAUAGAGACGAGGAAAAAGAGAACGAUAUGUUGUUGAGUAAUUUGUUUUAAGUUGAGUGAAAUAAGAUUACCAUGACACAGUGAAUCAGAUUAUCAGUGAGCUGUAGUUACCAAAACAUUGAAGUGACAAUAAAUGUUGUGCACGUUGUCAUGACACUACGUACAUUUUUGUCCUUUCUGUUAUUCACGAAUAAGCAAGUUAACGAGCUUUCAUUCCAAGAAGAUAAAAAAUAAGACGGAUGAUGUAUACGUUGAAUAUUGGCAAUUGGUGUUGGUAAUAAUUGAAAAUUGUCGAAAGAAACAUAAAAGAGAGGCAUUCACCUAAUACGUAUACGAUCAUUUCUAUGAAGGAUUUAAUGCGAGAGAUAGUUCUCGUGAACCUCAGAUUCAAGUUUCUCGAUUUAAAAUUUUGAAUGAUCAUUACAAUAAAAUUUCGGGGUAUGGAAAAGUUGAAACUUAUAAAUAAAUCUGAAUCUCCAAGGAAGACACAAUGACAGAUGUCAGAAAACGAAUUGUAUUCGCUCCAUUUUACAUUUCACAUAUUGGAAACGUGUCACGACGAAAGAGUGCAUAAACACAAUAAAAAAUGGACGGAUCUGUGAGAAAUGGCACAAUUUUCGGUGUCGCAUUGGGAAGUGAGAGUCUGAAACACUUUCCUCGAUCAGUUACCAUCGUCGCAGCUGUUUGCGCGAUUAUUUUCAGUAUCGUUGGAGUCGCAGGUAAUUUAGUAACAGUCGUGGCACUGUUAAAAUACACAAGAUUGAGAAGACAUGCAACAACCGCCUUUGUGAUAAGCCUCAGCAUUUCCGAUUUGAUUUUUUCCGCUGUAAAUUUGCCUCUAACCGCGAGCAGAUACUUAAACGAAGCGUGGGUGCUGGGUGAUACUCUGUGCAAAAUAUUUCCACUCUUUUUUUACGGGAAUGUCGCGGUUUCGCUGCUCAGUAUGGUGGCAAUUACAAUAAAUCGGUAUAUACUGAUAUCGAGAUCAGACGUAUAUUCGCAACUGUACACCACACAACGAAUAAUCAUAAUGCUAGUCAUCAUCUGGACCCUAAGUUUCUCCUUGUUACUGCCACCGCUGCUUGGCUUUUGGGGGACAUUAGGGCUUGAACCGACCACCUUCUCCUGCACAAUCUUAAAGAAGAACGGGACCAGCCCGAAGAAGUUCCUCUUCGUUUUAGGAUUCAUCGUGCCUUGUGUAGUGAUAAGCGUGUCUUAUUUGUGCAUUUACUGGCGCGUGAGGAAAAGCAGGAAGAACCUAGAAGCUCACAUAGGUAUGUCGCGAAGGAAGUCCGGCGGUUUCCAGCGAAGAGAAGAUUCGAGAGUGACCAGACUAAUGUUGAUCAUAUUCCUAUGCUUUCUUCUGUGCUUCAUGCCGCUAAUGUUGGUAAACGUGAUCGAUGACAAGAUCAAAAUUCCGAUACUGCACGUGAUUGCCUCGAUUCUAGCUUGGGCUUCGUCGGUGAUUAAUCCCUUCAUCUAUGCCGGCACCAAUAAACUGUACAGAGAGGCUUAUAAGCAGAUUUUGUGCCCAGUGUCCAGCAAAACGCCGACUACCGGGCCAAAACCCACGCAUUCGCACUCGAGUAAAAUUUCUACGCCGCAAGGGACUUGAAACUGAAGAUUGAUUAACACCAGAACUACCAGAUGAGUCAAAUUGACCCAUUCCUAUGUUCUUCUUUCCCAAUUAUUAAAGAGAUAACAAAUACUUCUCUGCGGAAUUACAAAAGAAAUUGAUAUAGUGAUACCCUAAAUGAAUCAUAAGUCAAUCGAAAUCUUAGUAGCCGUAUUCUUAGAGUUCCUAUACAAAAAUUUGGAAAUGUCAAUUUGACUGCUCGGUUAUUCUAGUGUUAAGAAAUGUCUUGUGCUUGUUGGCAAUGUGAUUCGUGCGCUGAACGCGUGCAGACAUUUUGUAGAUGCAUUCAAUGAACGUAAUAACAGAUUUCUGCAUAGACAGUUUUAAAUUCCAUUAUUGAAGACUUGGUGAUCUUCGGAAGCAUUUUGUCAUAAUAUCUCAUUACGUCGUAAUAUUUGAAUUAUGUGUAGGUAGUAUAUAGUGUGAGAUAUAUGUCGAGUAGAAGAUCUCAUGAUUGUUUACCUUACUAAGUAUAUAAACCUUGAUGCUUGCUUGCAUUUUUAAUUCCUAUUCGUGCAACUAUCGAGGUUCUACUCUAUUAAAACGUAAAAUUUAAUUUGUAAUUAUUGUGUAGAAAAUUAUAGUUCAUCGGGCAUUUAUUAUCACGAUCGACGUAAAUAUCGUUUAUUUGCGAUUUUAAUUAAUGAAACAUUUAGAUAUAAUUUGUUUAAACUGUAAAGUGAUAGUAGUAGUCAACAUCUAAUUAACAAAUGAAAAGAUGAAUAUAUAUAAUAAAUCAAGAGAUAUGAAAAAAAGUAUUACAUUUGAAAAUCGAUUGUAAUGUUAAAUUAUUGUUUCCCCUAUC